CUAAGUUUUCAUUUUAUAUUUUUGGAAUUUGUAAAAAUAAUUUUCGUUUUUCUUAAGUUUUUGAAAAAUUUAAAAAUGAUUGCUUUUCGUAGAUUUUAUAGUAGCAAUUCGGCGGUGACCCCUAGUGGCCCAUCCAGUGAAACUGGUGGUGCAUUACCAAUAGAUUUGGAAGGAAGACAUAGAUUUGUAAGACAACGACUUACUAAUAUGACAGAUGAAGAAAGAGCUUUCCGUAGAAAAUUCUUACACGACCAACACUUGUCUCAUGAUGAACCGGUUGCUGUCCCAGAAAUGUACCAAGAAUUGUAUAAUCCAAUUAGACGUGCAUUCAGAGCACCCAUGAAUGUAUUUCAAGAAUUUUUGGCCCCAAAAAUUGGCGAAAGAACUGCUUUCAAUGUACGGUUUUUAACAGGCAAAGCAUUGAUGGGACUCGCUAUUGUUUAUGCUGGUACAUACUACGUUCUUUACAACACAAAGACUUGGGAGAGAAAAUCAGGAUGGAGAAUACAUGAAUCUCGUUCUCAGUGUGUGCCAGGAGAUCCAGAUUUUCCAAGAGUUUCAGACCGCACUCUACCCAAACAUUACGCAGAUAGAGGAUUCAGCAGUUCUCCAAUAUAAUGAAGCAAGAACUUAARUUGUUUUUUAUUAUUUUGUUGCUUGCUAAUUAUUUAAUUGAGAUUAAAUGUAGAAAAAAUAUAUUAAUAAAAUCUUU